UGUGGUCAGCCUGCACCCGGGCUGCGGCCACGCUGGGGACAGAGGGCUGGCAGGCGGUCAUUGGCAUAAAGACCGUGGCCUUCACGAGACAGAGGCAAGUAGUGGGGGUAGGGGGGUCGCAAGAACAGUGUCCCUGACACGCCCCACCCCCAAGGUGGUGCUGCCUUAUACAUAGUGCCCUCACAGGACAGGGCAGAACUGCCCCUGGGGGUUCCAAGAAAGCAGCCUGAUGGGAGUAGAAAGCCUCGUCUUUCUCCCACAGAGCGGGAGAUGGUUUCAAACCGCACACCUGGCGGUGGUCACGGGGCCACUAGGGCCCCAUGACCUGGGUUUAGCAGAGGACUCAUGGAGAAUGUCUUUCCUGGGCAGGAGCACUCGGAGCUGGGUAAGAGCAUGUUCCCUACAUUCCUUAGCUCCCUGUGGAUGUGGAGGGACAGGGGGCUUCUGAGGUGACCUAGGCCCACAAAGUGUCCUCCUUGGCAGGUGCAAGCUGACCUUGGGGUGUCACACCUCCCCCAGCCCUGCAGGUGCUGGCUUCCCUGUGCACCUCCCCGGCCAGGGCCUCCUCUCGUCUGCAGUCACAGCAGAGACCAUACAGGCCACAACAGGCCACCCCUGCUGGCCCGAGGCCACACUCUUCCAGGCCUCAGGGGAAUAGAAACGUGCCUGCUGUCCUGGAGCUGGCUGGGGCUCGGGGACUCCAUGCGCUGCUCCCUGAGGUCUUUCCAGGAGGAGCUGCCCACUGAAAGAACCGUUCAUAAUUAUUUAAGUGGAGAGCCAUUUGCAGAAUACCAAGAAAGCCCCUAUUUUUGUCGUUUUUUGCAGUGGAAAUGGCGUGAAAGGCAGCCGGUAACGAAGAACACAUUCAGACACUACAGGGUCCUAGGCAAAGGCGGGUUUGGAGAGGUGUGUGCUUGCCAAGUGCGAGCCACAGGGAAGAUGUACGCCUGUAAGAAGCUGGAGAAGAAACGCAUCAAGAAGAGGAAGGGGGAAGCCAUGGCUCUGAACGAGAAGAGGAUCUUGGAGAAAGUGCACAGCAGGUUUGUGGUGAGUUUGGCCUACACGUACGAGACCAAAGACUCCCUGUGCCUGGUGCUGACCAUGAUGAACGGAGGGGACUUGAAGUUCCACAUCUACAACCUGGGCCUGCCUGGCUUCGAGGAGCAGAGGGCUGUGUUCUACGCGGCAGAGCUUUGCUGCGGCUUGGAAGACUUACAGCGGGAGAGAAUUGCGUACAGGGACUUGAAGCCCGACAACAUCCUCCUGGAUGACCGGGGGCACAUCCGGAUUUCAGAUCUCGGGUUAGCUAUGGAGGUUCCGGAAGGGGAGACGAUUCGAGGAAAAGUUGGCACGGUUGGUUACAUGGCUCCGGAAGUUAUCAGUCACGAGAACUACAUGUUCAGCCCCGACUGGUGGGGCCUCGGCUGUCUGAUUUACGAGAUGAUUGAAGGACAUCCCCCGUUCAGGAAGUUCAAGGAGAAAGUCAAGCGGGAGGAGGUGGAGCGCAGGGUGAAGAGCAACAGUGAGGAGUACUCAGAGAAGUUUUCGGACGACGCCAGGUCCAUCUGCAGGAUGCUCCUCACCAAGGACCCGAAGGAGCGCUUGGGCUGCCGGGGGCACGGGGCCGCCGAGGUCAAGCAGCACCCUGUGUUCAAGGACAUCAACUUCAAGAGGCUGGAGGCAAAUAUGCUGGAGCCCCCUUUCCGUCCCGAUCCACACGCCGUGUACUGCAAGGACGUCCUGGACAUCGAGCAGUUCUCCACCGUGAAGGGCGUCCACCUGGACAACCGAGAUGAGGACUUCUACGCCACCUUUGUCACAGGCUGUGUUUCCAUCCCCUGGCAGAAUGAGAUCAUCGAAUCCAAAUGUUUCACGGACCUCGACGAAAGCGGGACUGAGGACGAGAUCGUGUCAGACGUAGAGGAGAGAGCGGGCGCCUCCGUCAAACCGAAGAAGAACUUCUUCUACAGGCUUCUCCAACGAGCGGGCUGCCUCAGCUCCAGCCCCAGCAAGAAGGAGGAGGAGCCCACAGCAGUCUGAGGCAGGCCGGCACGUGGAGCAGCCAAGCCACCGCGAGUGCGCCCGGCACUCUGCAGACCUGCCACACCGUCAGCACUCCAGGCCCACCGACCCCCAGAACGCCCCGUGCGCCCAUGGACAGGACAGGGGGCUUGGCUUGUAGCGGCCCCCAGUCCAGCGUCAGCCCCGCAGUGUCUCCUGCGAGAGGGGUCAGUGUCUUCGGCCCAGCUGUGAUGCUCUGAAGCCUUCGCUCGUUGACAUUCUCCCCCCGGGUCUCAGGGGCAGGCAUGGUGUCACCCUGGCUUUCCUCACCCCAGGUCCCGGACUUCAUGGUGUUUAGAGCCUAAUUGAGACUUUCACUCCCACACUGCUGCCCUCGGACCAGGGCGACUUAGGGAAACCCGCUCUGCUCCCGCCCACCCAGGAGAUGGGCAGCAGCUCCCUGUGCUCCAGCUCCGGGCGUCAGGGUGGGGAUGCCAUGGUGACACACACCAUCCCCCGCGGUGCCAUCAGAGAAAGAGUGUCCAGUCCCGAGUCAGGGCCAGCACAGUGGGAGCUGCAGGAGGUGUGUGGUGGCUUCGGGGGACAAGGGGGCAGGGUGGACGUGAGAAGUGACUGACGGGGAGGAGCCUGGAGACCAGAGUCGCACCAGCGCCUCCUGAGAGAUCACUGCUAACACACCGCAUGUUCUCAGGUCAGCGCAAGUGGCUGGUCUUGAACCAAAACUCCAACCGCCACCCGAACCAUCAUCACCCGUCCCCUCACCAAAUUGCCCCCCUGCUGCCCACACAGUGGCCGGCCAUUCUUGUAAAGCCGCGUAAUCAGAAAAUAAAGUGUGGACAAACCCUG